AAACAAAGUAAAUAUCUGCUAUUAACGUAACUAAUAAUCAAUUUUAGGGUAGUCAUUUUAUUGUGUGUAAAAACACUAUUUAUCAAUAUCUAAUAUUGUGUUUAUUAAACGGCAACUGCCGCAUAGUUCUCUCACAUAGUUAUACUGUUUGUUUGUGUGUAGAGUAAGAUCCGGAAUUGAGAUCAGCGCUGUAGAUCAAGGAUACAAUGUCAGGAAUUGCUAGUGCACGACUUGCAGAAGAGCGAAAGGCUUGGAGAAAAGACCAUCCAUUUGGCUUCGUAGCAAGGCCAACCAAAAAUGCUGAUGGUUCACUUAAUUUGAUGAGUUGGGAAUGCGCUAUUCCUGGAAAAAAAUCGACUCCCUGGGAAGGUGGCCUUUACAAAUUGAGAAUGAUUUUCAAAGAUGACUAUCCUUCAAGUCCGCCAAAAUGCAAAUUUGAGCCUCCACUCUUCCACCCAAACGUUUAUCCCUCAGGAACUGUGUGUCUUUCGCUAUUGGAUGAGGAAAAAGAUUGGCGACCUGCAAUUACCAUUAAGCAAAUUCUUCUAGGUAUUCAGGACUUACUGAAUGAGCCCAACGUUAAAGAUCCAGCCCAAGCAGAAGCUUACACAAUUUAUUGUCAAAACCGUUUGGAAUACGAAAAACGUGUCAGAGCACAAGCCAGAGCAAUGGCCCCACAAGAGGCGCAACUUUAAAAAACAAAUAUGAUUCAUUUUUACCAUAUUUUUAAUAUUAUUACACAAGAAAUUAAAUACAGAGGAUAAGGAAUUAAAGUUUAAGUACACACGCUUAACAACAUAAUUAUUUAUGGUAACUUAAAAAUUAUCUGUAAACAGUACAGUUUUAAUUUGUGUUUUGUUGAUUAAAAAUUUCAAAGUAAACUAUUGGAUAAAUUUUCACUGCACACAGAUGUAAAGUGUAUUUAACGUU